AUGUCAAUUUUAGCAAAUAUAAGAAAUUUUUUUGAUCAUGUUGGAGAGAAUUUCAAUCAAACAUUUCGAUCACCAGGUAGAUUACCUAGAAUUCAUCAAAAUAAUGAAGUAAAUAAUACACGUUAUCCUACUGGUCCUCCAAGAAAUUCUCUACUAAGGCGUCAAAGUGUGGCUGCCGAAAGUUUUGAUCCAGAAAAAGACAGUGAUGAUAAUAAUGAAGAAGAGAGACAAAUUUAUCCGAAAUCUGAUAGUCAACGAGCUAGGCUAACUAAUGCUGUCAAAGAAAUCCUACUCUUUCGAUGUCUUGAUGAAGAACAAAAGUCGAGAGUUAUCGAUGCUAUGCAAGAAAUGAAAGUUAAAGAAGGUGAUGUAGUUAUUAAACAAGGUGAUGAUGGAGACAAUUUCUAUGUAAUUGAAUCAGGCACCUAUGAUAUAUAUGUUAAACAGAAUCAGUCAACUGAAGAGAAAAUUGGUGAAAAAGUUGGAUCAUACAAUGGUCAUGGUUCAUUUGGUGAACUUGCUUUAAUGUAUAAUACAUCACGAGCUGCUUCUAUAAUAGCUACUACAGAUGGUAUACUAUGGCUUAUGGAUAGAAAUACUUUUCGACGUAUUGUUCUUAAAGCAGCCUUUCAUAAACGUCAAACAUAUGUAGAAUUGCUUGAGGAUAUUCCAUUACUUAAAGAAUUAAGUAGUUAUGAACGUACAAAUGUUGCUGAUGCACUACAAUCUAGAGUAUAUCAAGAUGGAGCAACUAUUAUAUCUCAAGGUGAAACUGGCAAAGAAAUGUUUAUUAUUGAAUCGGGAACUGUAAGAAUAAGUGUAAAAGAGAAUUCAAAAGAAGUGGAAUUGAGUCGAGUUGGUAAAGGUGCUUAUUUCGGAGAAUUGGCAUUAAUUACCAAACGACCUAGAGCUGCUUCAGCUUAUGCUGUAGGUGAGACUAAAUUAGCUGUUUUGGAUGUUGCAAGUUUUGAACGUUUAAUGGGACCAUGUCUUAAAGUGAUGCAAAGAAAUAUUGAUACAUAUGAAAAACAAUUAACUGAAUUACUUGGAACUAAUAAUCAAUUAAAAUUAAAUGAAUUUAGAUCAAAAUAA